AUGGCGUCGUCGUCAACUUCGCGCGUCAUGCCGCCUCCGCCGCCGCUGCUCCUGACGAAGCGGGUGACGGCGUUCCUGCGCGCCAACCUGUCGGCGCACAUCCGCGCGGCGGCCCUCACGACGCCGGCCGGCAACCUGCUCGCACAUGCCAGCAACCUGCCCGCCAGCGCCCUGCGCCGCCAGUGCGCCGUGGCAGCCUCCCUGUGGGCCCUGCACGCGCCCGCCAUCGCCGCCCGCAGCAGCAGCAGCACCACGCUCAACAGCACCGCCAGCACGUUCGGCGACGCUGUCGAGUCCGCGCUGCCCCUGCCGCCGCCGCCGCACCCGCACCCGCCGCUUUCCCCUUCGUCGUUUUCGACCGACGGCUUCCACACCCCAAGAGGAGGCAGCGCAAGCAGCAGCAGAGGCGGGGGAGGCGGAGGGGGAGCAGCCCCGGCGGUGACGGUGCAGCUCGACAGCGGCGCCGUGUUCGUGAUACGGCGCCUGCGUUGCGGGAUGCUGUUCAUCUGCAUGGGCGGCCCCAUUGGGCCCGAGAGCGCCCGCAGCAGCAGCAAGAGCCAAGGCGCGAACAGUAGCGGGAGUGCAGGCACAUCAACUACGGCGGCAGCGGCAGCAAUUACAGAAAUAGCAACGGCAGCAGAAGGUGGCGGCGCAGGCGACAGCGAGACUACUGAUGGCGCCGCGGCAGCCCACAGUCAGAGCCACAGCGCUUUAGCGACGCCAGCAUUACCACCCGCGCCAGCAACCGCAGUGCCAUCAGCAACAGUGCCUGAGACAUCUCCACGGCCGGGGCCUACUUCGGACGGGGAGAUAGAGAACGGGCCGGGCGGCUCUGGAACACCACCGACGGCAGCGGGAGGCGCCUCGGCAGCAACGACCGCAGGCGCGGGGAACCUAUCAUCAUCAUCAUCAUCAGCAGCAGCAAGCGGCGGCGGAGGUGCGCUGUCACCGGCCAACGUGCUGGCGAUGCGGCGGCAGGUGGGCGAGCUGGGGCGGUGGUUGGACGCGCGGCUGGGCACGCUGUACGUGCCCGAAGAAGGCAUCGGCAUUGUCCCCGGCGGCGGGGGUUUCGGGGGCGAGAAGCAUAAUUCUUUUAUUUACUAA